AUGAAUUUAUUUGCUAGCGAUUCUGAAAAAAGUUAUAAGGAUAUUUUUGAUUUGGAUGAAAAUAAAUCUAGAAGAAAAAAAAGGAAAAAAAAAAUCCUUCACAGUAGUAGCGAUAGUAAUAAUAUAAAAUAUAACAAAGGCAAAGAUGAAGGGGGAAUAGAAGCUGAAUAUAAUUUAUUCAACACUUCAUCAAGUGAUAAUAAUAAUAAUAAUAAUAAUAUUAAUAGUUGUAAGGCCACAAACAAACAGAAGAAACAAGAUGAAAAACCAUUCUGCCUAUUUAGUAGUAAUACACAUAGUGACAAUAAUAUAAAUAAUAAAUCUAUAGAAAAAAAUGAAUAUUGCCUUUUUAGUAAUAAUUCAGAGAGCGAAAAUUGUUGUGACAAUAAAAAGAAAAAUGAAAGUCAUAUCAAAGAGAAUAAAAUGUAUAGCCUAUUUAGUAGUAAUAGUGAAUAUGAUGAAAAUAUUAAUAAUAAAAAGAAUAAUCUAUCUAAUAAUAUAUUUAAUUUACAAAAUAAUAAUAUUGCACAUUCAAAAGAUGAACAAGAAAAAAAAAACAAAAAAGAUAGUUUUUUAAAAUGGACUCCUCACAAUAAUAUAAAACGUUCAUAUAAUAAAAGAAAUUAUAAUAAAAGAACUUGUAAUGACAAUAAUUCUUUAUAUAAAAAUUAUGAAAAUUAUGAAAAUUAUGAAAAUUAUAAAAAUAUAUAUAAUGAUUCAAGAAAAUCUAAAGUAGAGAACUUUAUAAAAAGAAAUUAUAAACAUAAAGACAUGAAAAAUAAAGUAAAUAACUUAUUUAAACAAGAUGAAAAAGGUGAAUAUCGAUUGGUAAAUUUUGAGAAAUUAAAAAAAAGAGCCUACAGAAAAUUAAAUUUUCUUAGUAUUGUAGAUGUAGCAAAAUCGUUAAGUGAUGUUAGCGAGGAAAACAAAACUAAUAAAAAAAUAAAUAAUAAAAAUAAUAAAAAUAAUAAAAAAAGCGACGAUAUAUAUGAUAAUACAUAUGAUGAUACAUAUGAUGAUACAUAUAAUAAUAUAUAUGAUGACAUAUGUGAUGAUAAGAAGGACGACAUAUAUUAUAGAAAUAAUCAAGAUAUACAUAAUAAUAACCAGUAUGAAAAAGAUAUUUUAAAUAAUAGUAUAUGUUCAUCAGAUAGUUUUUAUAAAUCUAAUGAAUCCUUUUUUUUAUAUGACAAGGAUGAGGAUUCAACUAAUUUAGAUUCAAUAGAAAAUAAUAAAUAUAAUAAUCAAACAUUAGAUAUAUAUAACUAUUACUAUCUAAAUAAUCAUGAUGAAAGAAAUAAAGAUAAUAAAUAUUUAGAAAAAAUUGUAUGCAAUUCUACUAUCACUAAUUGUGAUGACCUAUACAAUUAUCUAUUUCAAAUUAAUAAUUCAAUUGAUAAAGAUAAACAAAGUGAAAAUGAACAUAACGAUGAAGAGAGGAAUAUGGAUAGUAAUAAUAUUAAUGAUGAGGAUAAUAUAAAUGCUGAUAUAUGUGAAUUUGAAAAAAAAAAAGAAACACAUCAAACAAAUGGAGCAAAUCAAACAAAUGGAGCAGAUCAAACAAAUACAACAAAUCACACAUUAGAUGGUAAAGAUAAUUUAUUUAUCAAAAAAAAAAAAAAGAUAAGAACACGUAAAAGACGUAAAAGAAAAAAGAAAGAUUUUUUAUUAAAAAGAAAUAUUAUAUUAUAUAGAAAUUUUAAAAAUAUUAACAAUGAAAUAUCAAGACAAAAUAAUAAAAAAGGAUUAAGAUUUAAGGAAAUGAUUGGAGAUUUCAUACGAGUAUUAAAUAAGAAUGUAUUAAAAAUAAAUGAACAAAAUGAAAAAAAACAACAACAAAAGGAAAGCCAAUAUUAUGAAAAUAACAUAAAUAAUAAUAAGAGUAAUACCAAUUCAUAUAAUAUGUGUGAUAAUAAUACAAACUUCAAUCUUUUUGAAGAUGAUACUAGUGAUGUUGAAUCAUUUAUUAAUUUUGAAUGUUAUACUAAUAGUUGUGAUAUGAUGGAAAAAGCUACAUGUGAUUGUGAAUUUUGUAUUCAACAUAAUAAAAUAUUAAAUAAGAAUGAAUUAUAUUUAAUUUUGUUUAAAUAUAUGGAAGAUAAUAAAACGGAUGGUACUACUAUCAUUAAACCCUAUUUUUUAAAUAUCUAUGUGUUUACAUGUUUUAUAAAUUUUUUUAUACAUUAUAAAAAUAUAACUAUAUGUAAAGUAGAUGAUAUUGAUGAUACAAACAACAACUGUGAUGAUAAAAGUUUAGAUGAUCAUGUUAAUAAUAUGAAUAAUACAUGUAAGGAUGAGAAGGAAAUUAAUUAUAAUAAGUUCCAAGUGAAAAAGAAAAAAAAAUUCCACUUUUACAAAUAUAGUCAUAGUUUAUAUACAAAAUAUCAAAUAAACAAAAUAGUAUAUUUUAUUCCAAAAAGAAUUGUUCUUACGACAGUGGGCAUAUGUAUAUAUGGAGUUAAUUUUUUAAAUAAAGAAAAUGAAGAAGAUGAACUAAUCAAAGAAAGAGAAAAAGAAAAAGACGAAUGUGUUGCCAUCAUUAAUUUUUUAAAGUGGAAAAAAGUUCGAAAGAAUUUUUAUGAAAUUUUAAAGUUAAAAAAAAAACGAAAAGAAAAUUUGAUGAUAUAUAAAAAGUGUUUUUUUUUUAUCAAUGCAAUUGAUGAAUAUUGUAAUAUGUAUAAUAUUCCUAUAGAUGAUACAUAUUCAUAUAAUACACAAAAAAAUAAAAAAAACAAAAAGAAUUUACAUAAUCGAAUAGAUACACAUUUUAAUCUAUAUAAUAAUAAAACAAAUACUUAUGAUAAUUCUUUUGAAUAUUAUAAUCAAGCAGAAAUGCAAAAAAUACAAAGAAUUCAAAAAGUGGAAGAAAUUCAAUAUAUACAAGAUAUAUUAAAUUCAAAUUUACAAGUUAAUAAUAUACAAUUUCUUUUCUUUGAUCCUAUAUAUGUCUCUUCAAAAAAAUAUGUGCAUUUUUAUCCUUCCCAUCUAAUCAUGCUUUUUUAA